AUGAGAACUAGAAUUACAAAUCGUUUAAAGUUCGACAAAUAUCAGACUGAUUAUGAACAUUAUUACGGAAGAAUAGAUUGCUGGAGUUUGGGCUAUAAGGCAGACGGAACUAAAACGGACUUAUGGCAAGUGGAAAUAGUUAAGAUGGCUGAUAAACAUAGCUUGAACUAUGACGUGAGAGAAUUAAAGCUGGGUUCCAGCUUCACCAACAACAGGACCUCCCAAUACCAUACUAUUAAAUAUGAUUUUAAGCCUGCAUCAGUGGACAUGAAUAAAAUGGCAACUGUUGAUGUGGGAACUAAUAAUCAAGUUACUGUGACAGUGCCUCAUUUAGAUGGCGCUGGAGUUCCUCAAACAGUAUUCAAAGGUAGUCAAAGACCUUACACAAAAGAGUGUGUACUAAUCAUAGACAGGGUCACUGGAGAAAUCACAUUGGAGAAGCUCUCUAGCAAUAUUCAAGUUAAGAAAACAAGACAAGAAACUGCUCAGAAGCCACGUCCUCUAACGCCAGUGACAACCGACUUUACAAACACAACCCAGAGGUCAACCUCCCGCACGAGGGUCGCUACAAAUCGUCGCACUAACAAUAACGCAAAUGCGGCCAGUGCUGCCCAGCCGAAUGUCCAAUCGCGCUUCAACAACAGUGCCGUGCAAAAGCCCGUUCAGAACAUGGUCAGGUCACCUCCACGCGUUAAGACCUCACCACCCCAGGCUCCAUGGUCGGGCGGCGGCAACAGCACGCUCGCGUCCCUGCCGAUGAUCGGGCUGGACGACGCGCCGGCGGCGAGGAGUCCCGGGCCGCAGGCGGCGCGCGUGGCCCACGUCGCCCACGCGCCCCACGCCGCCCACGCCCACGCGCCGCACGCCGCCCACAUUGCCCACGCGGCCCAAGCCGCCCACGCGCCCCCGCAGCACAGCAUGCCGCACAUGCACGCACCGCCCCCCGCGCCCGCGCCCGCUCCAGCGCCCGCCCCCGCUCCCGCUCCCGCUCAGCAGGCCGCGUCCCAGGACGACAGCUCGUCGAGCUCCUCGAGCGACAGCGACAGCGACAGCGGAAGCGGAAGCGACAGCGACGAGAACGACUCCUCGGCCGCCCUGCCCGCUCUGCCCGCCCUGCCCACUCUCACCAACGGUACAGUCAGCAACCCGGCCCUACCAAGCGACGUGCUCAACGAUGACCUGUGUUUGUCCGAGUCUGGCAGCGAUUCGGAG